CUUCACAGCAGAACUAAACAUGUUUACAGCCUGAUACACAAACUGAUUGCGUUAUUAGGGGCGUGGCCGCUGUGACUGAUAGGUGGAUGGUGACACAGGCACUGAAAUGUUCUGGGUGGUCCCAGAAACCAGGAUGAAUCUUUCUUGUCAUUACACUGAGGUACAGUUCAUUUCUGUUCAGUGAUAAAUCAGAUGAAAUGUGGAAUGAGGUGUUAACGUGGCUUCCUUCACAGAUUCCUACGCAAACGUUCAGCCUCAUCUCGGGGGUUUAGUCAUCUUCUUCUUGCUCGAUUAGGAUUUUAUUUUGAAGGUGCUGACAGGAAGUGGUUCUUCCUCCCCGCAGCUUGACGGUGGGAACCGCGAGGAGCUCGAUGGUGACUGUGCACGUCGCUGUGUGAAUGACAGAGGAUGCAUGGAGGUCUCCGGCAGCUGGCAGCCACAGAUCCGUGUCCUCCUCGGUGCAGCAGCGGCGGCAGCGGGCGUCCUCUCCGCGGGCUCUUCCACCUGAGCCAGCGGCAUCAUGGGAAGCUCCUCCUCCUCCCUCGUUGACGAGGCGGAGGACGAUGCGGCGCCCCGGGGUGCAGCUCUGCCUCCCUCCCCCAUCAUGGGAUGCCUGAGGAGCAGCCAAAGCACAUUCCUCCCCCGGCAGCUUCCCAGACCGGGCCGGCACAGGGAGCGCAGUUUCUCCUCUGGAUCGAUGCCCAUCCAGAGGAGUCAGUGGGCGUGCGGCUGCUGCACUUUCCUCAACGCCGCCGGCGCCCCCCGCUGCUCCAUCUGUGAAGCUCCUCGGCAGGGACCCGAUGCCCGGUGGAUGUGGCCGGGAGUGAGCAGAGAGGACGACGGGUGGGUAUGCCCAUGCUGCACGCUGGCGAACCCCCCUGACAGCCUGGCUUGCUCCCUCUGUGGCUACGCCAAGGCGUCUGCGGAAGCCCAGCCCCGGCCUCAGCGCUCCAGCAGCUGCUCCGGCCCCCUCAGGACGUCCUGGAUGGAGACGUGCCAACUGCAGAGCAAGAAGCAGCCCGGAGACACUGACAAAAGCAGCCUGGCGUGGGAGUGCUCGAGGUGCACGUUGCAGAACACGCCCACCUCUAUGUCCUGCUCGGCCUGCGGUGGACCCCGCAAACUGUCCCUCCCUCAGAUCCCGGCCGAGGCGCUCCUCAUGCCCGACGUCUGCGAGGAUCCCGGAGCACGGCGGGCUGAACCUUCAGCGGCGGCACUCUCGCUAUCGAUAUCCACCCGAGGAGAGAGUUUACCUGCAGAAGCUUCGCAUCCGAACACCUCCUCCUCCGUGCUGACUGCGCCCCCUGCUGGCCACAACAAUCCAGUGCCCUGCAGCCGCAGAGAGGUUCCCCCUCCAGAUGUUGGCCUCAGCCAGGCUCAGAGCACGUCUUCUCCCUCCACCCUCGCUGUGUCGCAUCCCUCCACUCAGCUGGAGCUGCUGGCCGGCAGGAGACUCAGCAUCCUCAAAGAGGAGAUGUCCCCGCUGUCACCUGCAUCGGACGCCUCCGUGUCGUUUUCGCUCGCUGUCCACAGGAUGGAGGAGUGGGCGUGUCCGGCGUGCACACUCAUCAACCGGCUGGAGUCCAAACACUGCCAGGCCUGCCACACCCCUCAGCAGCUGAAAGCGGCGUUGUUCCCGAGGAGGAAGGAGAGCCGGCUGGUGGAGGCGCUGCGGCAGAGCGACGAGGGCGCGGCCAAAGAGCUGUGGGAGAACAUCGUCAGCUUCUGCAGAGAGAACGCGGUGACGUUUGUGGACGACAGUUUCCCUCCUGGUCCAAAGUCCGUCGGCUUCCCGUGCGACGACAGCGUCCAGCAUCGGGUCAAGAAGUGGCUUCGUCCACAGGAAAUCAGCUGCACCACCUUCAAAGACCGCGGCGUGAAGUGGACUGUUUUCCGCACGCUGCGUCCGUCCGACAUCCUGCAGGGGCUUCUGGGUAACUGCUGGUUCCUGAGCGCCUUGGCUGUUCUGGCGGAGCGGCCGGAGCUGGUGGAGAAGGUGAUGGUGACCCGCUCGCUGUGUGCAGAGGGAGCCUAUCAGGUGCGUCUGUGCAAAGACGGCUCGUGGACGACGGUGCUGGUGGACGACAUGCUGCCGUGCGACGAGAGCGGCCACCUCCUCUUCUCUCAGGCCCAGAGGAAGCAGCUGUGGGUGGCUCUGAUUGAAAAGGCUCUGGCUAAGCUCCACGGUUCCUACUUUGCUUUGCAAGCCGGCCGCGCCAUCGAGGGCCUCUCCACCCUGACCGGGGCGCCCUGCGAGUCGUUGGCCCUCCAGGUCAGUGCCACCAACCCCAAAGAGGAGCCCAUCGACACGGACCUGAUCUGGGCCAAGAUGCUGAGCUCCAAAGAGGCUGGGUUCCUGAUGGGGGCAUCCUGCGGAGGAGGUAACAUGAAGGUGGACGACACGGAGUACGAGUCUCUGGGUUUACGUCCGCGCCACGCGUACUCUGUGCUCGAUGUGCGGGACGUCGACGGCCACAGGUUACUGCAGCUGAGGAACCCGUGGGGUCGCUUCUCCUGGACCGGAGCCUGGGCGGACGACUGGCCAGACUGGCCUCCGCAGCUGAAGAGGGAGCUGUGUGCCCAGCGAGCUGAGGACGGCCUGUUCUGGAUGGACUUCUGGGAUUUUACCAGGUACUUCGACUCCGUGGACAUCUGUAAGAUUCACUCAGACUGGCAGGAGGUUCGAGUCCCCGGCGUUUUCCCCCGAGCCGCCGACGUCCCCGUGUCGGUGGUGUCGAUCACGGUGCUGGAGAGGACGGCCAUGGAGCUGGCAUUAUUCCAGCAGGGCAGCAGGCGCUGGGACACGGCGGAGAGCCACCUGCUGGAUCUGUGCGUGCUGGUGUUUCGGGUCGCCUACGACAGCGCCGGCACGCUGACGCUGGGCCGCCUGCUGGCGCACAGCCGCCGCUCGGUGAGGAGGUUCGUGGGCUGCGACGUCAUGCUGGAGCCGGGCGAGUACGCCGUCCUCUGCUGCGCUUUUAACCACUGGCACAGCUGUGUCACCGAGGUCGGAGUGAGCGGCGGCAGGUCGGAGGCGCCUGGCUACGUCCUGGCGGUGUACAGCUCCAGACUGGUGAUGGUGGAGCAAGUGACAGCCUCCAGCACCACCAUCGCCGACGCCAUCAUCCAGCUGGCAGAAACCAAAGGCGAGCGACACGAGGGUCGGGAGGGGAUGACCUGUUACUACCUGACCCACGGCUGGGCGGGGCUUAUCGUCAUGGUGGAGAACAGGCACCCGAGGCAUCACCUGCACGUGUCCUGCGACUGCAGCGACAGCUUCAACGUGGUGUCGACGCGCAGCAGCCUGAAAACCAUCGACAGCAUCCCUCCUCUGCACAGACAGGUGCUUGUGGUUUUGUCUCAGCUGGAGGGGAACGCUGGGUUCUCCAUCACGCACAGACUGGCUCACCGGAAGGCCGUCCAGGCUUCUCUGGGGAACUGGAGCCCCUCGAAGGCGACGCACAGUCCGGCUCUGAGCCCCGAGACCGCAGGUCUGCACCGGCCUCGGCCGCUAUGACGAACCGGGAGGAAGCGUGCCGAUGGACGCGGGAACUCAUCGGACCGCUGCCUUGAUAGAGAACAGGGUUAUUUCCCACAGACACCGGACUGAGUCUGUCAGAGUCAGAGCUCGUCAUCAGCAGACGUUAUCAAAGUGAGGCUGAAAGAAAACAGGGUUAACAUCAGAAAACACUUUAAUUCUCCUUAAAUCUGAGUUUAAACCAAUCUGAGAUUACUUUCAACUGAAUUUAAUUAAGAUGAAAUAAAUUUUCUAAGAACUGUUUAAGGACCAGAGUUCACAUAUCAUCCGUCAUCACCAGAAUAACACGCCACGUCUGAUUGGACGACACGAACAGAGACGGCGAUGCGUCACGCUGCAACAUGACGGUCCGUCACAGCGUGGACUCUCCUGAAGGACGAGCUCAAUAAUUCAGUUUUGCUUUCAUACAGAUGUGGAACAGAUGUUGGGAAGUUCAGGCAUCAUGUUGCUGUUAAUUCCAGCUGUUGGUUUGAAAUGGAAGCAGCCCUCUCAUUGGCUGUCUGGUGUUAACAUUUGGUAAAAGGAUGAGUAUUUACUCUUUACUCUACAGCAGGGCUCCCCAACUCCAGGCCUCGAGGGCCGGUGUCCUGCAGGUUUUAGAUGUGUCCUUGAUCCA